AAGAUGGCGCUGUCCUUGAUGCUGCUGCCACAGCUGUCUCAGCUCCUCUCCGGAACCCGGCUCCCAUGCCACACUUUUGUUCGUUCAGCAUUUUAUGUUCAGGACAACCCAAAUGACAAACCCAACUGGCUGAAAGUUAUCCUAACCUUGGGCACUACUGCAGGCCUGUGGGCCUUCCUCCUCCAACAACAUGAAGAAGAUGUUUUAGAGUAUGAAAGAAGAAAAGGGCUAGAGUAACAUACUUGAAUCUGUUUCUUUCCUAAUUGUUUACUGUAAGAAGUGAUGACAACCAGUUUGUGGGUCCAUCGAAUGAUAUAUCCGAAAAACAACUUGUAUUAGGAUUUCUCUACAGUAUCACAGAAUGUACAAAUAAAAACCCAUCUAAAAAAGGACACCUGCCCACUUUU